CUGCAUCAUUAUCAAACACGGGGGAAUGUGUUACAAUUUUGACAACAUUGAGCACCUGAGCUGGACCUAUAAAAGGAGGAAGCGAAAACAUCCCAGGUCACCUCCUUCUCCAGAAGACCUGAGAGCAGAGGUAUCUUCCUUAUUGUUGGGAAAAUGUUUGUAGUCCUGAUUUCCAUCUUGUUGCUGCAUCAUGUUCACACAGCCUGUGUUGUGCAAGACAUUUGCCCAGAAAACACACCAGUGCAGGCUGAGAUCGUAGACGUGCACAAUGCCUUCAGGAGAGCAGUCGAACCGUCUGCUGCUGACAUGGUGAUGAUGAAUUAUAGUAAGGAGGCAGCGGUCAGUGCUCAGGCCUGGGUUGACAAAUGUAUCCUGAGUCAUGGACCACCCACCACCCGCCUCCUCAAUGGUUAUCAAUUGGGUGAAAAUCUCUUCUACUCCUCCUCUCCAUUCUCAUGGAAGACUGUUGUAAAUGCCUGGCACAGUGAGGUGUCACACUACCUUUAUCCCAACGGAUCCACGAACGGAAAACCCAUCGGUCACUACACACAGGUGGUGUGGAGCACCUCAUACAGCGUCGGCUGUGGAGUAGCGCUGUGUCCCAACAACAUCUACUUCUAUGGCUGCCACUAUUAUCGAGCUGGAAACUUUAAGGGAUGGCUACCUUACAAGGCUGGAACCCCAUGUGCUUCCUGUCCCAAUGACUGUGUGGACAAACUCUGCACCAACCCUUGCCCUUAUAUUAACAGCUUCAUCAACUGUCCAACCUUGAAAGUCCUGUUUGGGUGCACAAAUCCCCUGGUGUCCAUCUGGUGUCCUGCAUCAUGUAAAUGCACCACUGAAAUUGUUCCUGUCUAUUAAAGUACUGCAGCACUUUGGCUCAGUACAGUUUACAUGUGAGCAUCUUUGUUUGUGAAGUCAGUUGGGCUGAACUGCAUGUCAGCUUGUGAUAGGUUACCAGUGAUGAUACAUGUAAAAGAAAAACAAAAGACAAUUAA